UACUGUCUCUAACGUGGCAAGUAAACGAAGUUGUAGUUCUCUGGGGGAUUAGCCACGUUUUUGGCUAAGUUGCAGCAAAAAUGGGAACUCUAGAAUGUUGUUUAGGAAUCUUUAUAUCUCUACUAUGCAUAAGCUACAUAAACUGUUACUUUGUUAGCAUAGACGCUAACGCAGAAGAGUGUUAUUUCGAGAGGGUAAAACCCGGCACGAAGAUGAGCUUGAUGUUUGAGGUGGCAGAAGGCGGAUUUCUGGACAUAGAUGUGAAGAUCACUGGGCCAGAUGGAAGAGAAAUUUAUUCAGGAGAUAGAGAAUCAAAUGGAAAGUACACCUUCUCUGCACAUAUGGAAGGCGUGUACAAGUAUUGUUUUAGCAAUAGGAUGUCAACAAUGACACCUAAAAUUGUUAUGUUUUCACUAGAUGUAGGGGAUCAGCCUGGUGGAGAGAAGGAUAAUACCAUGGAGAGUGAUGGUAAGAUAUUUUGGAGCCAACAAUCUCCAAAAUAAUUCAACCAAAUGGUGAUGGGUAAUACUCAUGACAACUU